AUGGCCGGCGCCGAAGGGCUCCCCCGCGACCUCCUCGAGGCGAUCUACCGCCGCUGUUCCUCGCCGUAUGAUCGUGCGCGCUUCGCCGCCGUCUGCACGUCAUGGCAGGCCGCCGCGUUGGAAUGGCGCACCCCGCUACCUGCUCUCCCACUGCUCCUCCCGUCGACGGGCAUCGACCGGCGCGACCGGAUGGCGCGGCCAUACAGCCUCGAGGAUGGCAGGGUCCUGCGUGCCCCGCUGCCAUACUUCCCGUAUGGCAAGAGAAUCGUGGGGUGCCACGACGGCGGUUGGGUUGCCGCCACCAGUGGCUCCCUGGUCGAGGUUGUGAAUCUAUUCACCGGUGCCCGGUUGAUGCAAAGGGACCUUACAUGUAAAUGCCCAACCGUUCUAGGAAUGACCGACAAAAUCUCCCUCGACAAAGUCGUCUUCUCGGAGGAACCUGUCACAAAAGGCUGCAUCAUGGCCGCAAUAACAAAGAGGUGUAAAAUAGUGCUAUGCGGGCUUGACGGCAAGGACGACAGUGGGUGGAGCACGCAAGGAUGUGGCACACACGAAAUUCCCAACCUUGUAGACAUCACCUUCUACAACGGAGAGCUCUAUGGCCUAUCGUGUGAUCAAUAUUUAUACAGGUUCGCCAUUGGCCGAAACAAGGACGGCGCUUCCGCGAUCACCUUGUUCAAACAACUGACCGCUGAAAGACCCAUCUACUGUGGCAAUGCCAAAUACAUCUUCGAGCUGCGUGGCAAACUCGCUAUAGCAGUGGAAAUCCUCAGCAUUUGCAGUGCUCCAACUUUUAGGGUGUUCGAGCUCGCUGUCUAUUGGGACAUCAUUACCAGGUCAUACUACACAUGGGUAGAGGUGACGUGUCUGGGCGAUCAUGCCUUGUUUCUAGGGCCAGGAUGCUGCAAGGCGACACAUGUGUCAUCAACAGGGGUCGCAGACGGUGUUGUGGAAGCUAACCGUAUCUACUACACCCGGCCCGAAGGCUAUGCGAACCAUUUACCUAUGUUGGAUUUGGGUAGUUGUGCCGUGUAUUGCUCGGUAAGCGAUGACGUGCAACGCCCUAAUAGGAUUAUGUCACAGGGAUACUAUUACCGCGAGAAGGAUUACGGAUGCAAUUACAAUGAGAAGGAAGACACCAGUUGGCAUAAUAGUUGUACGUGGGUUCUCCCUCCGCACUUUUAG